AUGAAACCAUACAGCACAUUUGAGAGCCUAGUUGGUCAUCUAUGGAGAGUCAUUACGAAGGCUCGAGAUCUUGGUGGGUUCGAAACCACGUGCAUAAGAAUAUCUGUUAAUGGACGCACAAGAUUGAACCCUAAGGUACCUAGUGAGUACUUUGGAAACUUGGUCCUUUGGGCAUUCCCUAGUUCAAGGGUUAAGGACCUUCUACGGGAGCCCCUACCCUAUGCAGCCAAGCUCAUUCACGACACUGUUGCGAAGGUGAACAAUAACUACUUUAGGUCUUUUAUUGACUUCGCAACCUACAAGGUAGAGGAGGAAGAGUUGGUUCCAACAGCAAACAUGAACAAGUCGAUUUUGUGCCCUAACUUAGAGGUUGAUAGUUGGCUAAGGUUUCCAUUUUAUGACCUAGAUUUUGGGAGUGGGUGUCCUUACAUUUUCAUGCCAUCCUAUUUCCCAACGGAGGGAAUGAUGUUUCUCCUACCUUCAUUCCUAGGGGAUGGAAGCAUAGAUGCUUUCAUCCCUCUUUUUGACGACAGCUUGGCUUCCUUCAAGCAAAAUUGCUAUUCCAUAGACUAG